AGUCUCUCAAAUUUCAUGCAGGUAUUUGAACAAAACGAUUUCUUUGAUAAAUCAUAUAGACUUGUUGUCGACAGGAAUCCCAAUACUCACAUAAUAUAUCGACUUCCAUUUUAAUAUAAAACGUGGCCAAUAACAUGACCCUACACACAAAAAUAAAAAAUAAUAAUAAAAACUCACAGCCCUUACCUCAUUUCAACAUUUCGUUCAACUUCAAAAAAGGGCAUGUUUAAAAGUGUCUUUAUUAUUGAAGCUAAACUAAGCUCAGAUAAAACCCAGCAAGUAUUCCAGUACUUGGAGUCAAGUACAGGGUAUGAAAAAAUCGAUUCUUGUGUUCAUGCCGAUUACAUUGUUACAGAAUUGAAAAGCUCUUCUCGCAUUAUGAGAAUUGUGAAAAAGUCUACAUGUCCUGUUGUUCAUGUUACAUGGUUACUGGAGAGUAUUCGACUUGGGAAACAAUUAGACCCCCACGAUUAUUUAAUUGAUGUAUCAGAGGCGAGAAAGAAACUGAAAAAUGAUAUAUCUGCUCGUAUAGCAGACAGAGCACUCCCGAGACAAUUAACGUGGGACCAAGUCGCUUUAAGACGAUCAAAUAGAGAAAAUUUUGACAACAAUUCGCACUUGGCCAGAGAUGCUGGACUAAGGGAACGAGCACGAUUCUCCAGAUCAUAUGGUAGUAGACUCAAAUCUUCUAAAAGAACCAGUUUAUCUGGAACUAGUCUAUUAAACCUGGAAGAAAAAAAAGUUUCUUCUAUCAAUAUAUCAGUAUCAUCUGCUGGCAGCCCCUCUUAUAUAGCUCCCGUUGGCAAUCGGGAUAAAGAUGCUUCUUUAAUCAAGCAUCAUAUCACACAACAUCAAAAGGUUAAGUCUCCUAGCUUGUUAAAUGGCGGUUUACUUAAAAAGCCAACAGGUUUCUAUAAUGUCUGCAAUGACGCAGAAAUUGAUGUGACUUUCGCUCCACUAAUACACAAUUCUGGUGAAAGUUCUCAUGGUAACGCCAAAGCCGAUUCAUCAGUAUUAUCUUGUGAUACAGUUAUAAUCAGAAACGAUAUAUUCGAUAAGAAUGUAUCGCCUACAAAACUUGAUGAAAUUAUUUGUAUUGGAGACGACAGUGAAAAUGAAAUUGUUGAAGAAACAGCAAGUAAUAAUACCGAUAAAGACUUGAUUGAUGAAACGGAUCAGGGAUUUUCAAUUUUUGCCGACCAAGAAGCAUCGACAUCUCAAGAUGACAAUAGAGAGGAUAUUCUUUGCUCUUCAGGAAAAGCCAUCAAUAGUUUUAACAACUCUUCUUAUGGUAAUGAACCAGACAGUAAAUUUGAAUUUAACUGUAGCAGCAUUUCCUCUCUGGAGUUCGAUACGAGCUCUUAUUCUCUCUCUGCGAUACUUUCUCUAUAAGUACAGGUUUUAGCUUGUACAAGUAUACCAACACAUUAUCGAAUUCGUAUGGCUUUUUAAACGGAUGUGAUUCCCAUUAUUCGUCAGAAUAAACUUUUCGUG